CCGGCCCCGGUUCUUCCCUAGGUUGGCGCCGCCGUGCGCAGCUAGACCUAGCCGUGAUUCGCCGUCCAGCUUCCGUGAAGAAGAUGACUCAGUCGUCCUCAUCGUCCCGUAGUAGCGUGUGGCCGAGGUAUGGGGUAGUUCCCCUCACCCAGUGCCCCAAUUGCCCACGGGUCGAACCCCUCGUCCGCUUGACGUGCAAGAAAUUGGACACCGGAAAUUUCGACCGCGAAUUCGUCAAGUGUGAGAGCCGGCCACAGCCUGGGAAGCUACUGAGCCAAUGCACCUUCUUCAUGUGGAUGGAUUCGUACGUGGAAAAGCUUCAAUUGGAGGGGAAGUUGCAAGGGAGGGAAGAGGAGACACCGAGGACAGACCCGAGGGCAGAGGAGGGCAGUGAGAAGGCAGCAUUGCUGUUUUUGAAGGAGAUGACUAGCAUGAAUGAGAAGCUUAGCAAGAUUGUGGAGUUGAGGAAAGAAGAACUUCAAGUGGCCAAAUUGUUUUAUGCUUGUAUUGUGAUGUUGGGUUUGAUUUUAGUGGGGUUUCGAUUUUAGUUGCAGCAGGGGGCAAGGUGGGCUUUGCUGUUGCUUAGUGUUGCUACUGUGAGGGCAAUGGCAAGAAGAUGUUGUUCAAUGGUUUAUUGUAGUAUUUGAGAAUAAGAACUAGAUCCAUGUAACAGAAUGGUGUAAUGCAUGAAACUGGUGUUUCUGAGAUAA